AUGUCUGAAGCGCUUUUCAAGUCCUUUGCUAUUGUCGGUGCAGGCCCUCACAUCGGGAUUCCUAUCGUGAAGGCAUUCCUGGCCAUUGGCGCGCCAAUUCUCGUCAUUGCCCGGCCGACUUCAACAAACACCUCUGCACUCCCUGGCAAUGAUCCUAACCUAAAAGUUGUGCGCGCAGAUUAUACAUCUGCAUUUGAGGUCUCAGCAAUUCUUCGUGAAAACAAAGUGGACGUCCUCAUUUCUACAGUUACAUUUGUUUUCGGAGGGGUAGUUGUACAACACGUUCUCGCGGACGCUGCGAAGGAGGCGGGUGUAAAGCUCUUUGUACCCAGCGAGUUCGGCGUACCGCCAGGAGCAGUCGGUCUAGCUCAUGAAAAGCAUGCUUUUGCAGUCUAUGCAAAAUCGAUUGGAUUGCCGACUCUCCGCAUCUAUAAUGGAUUAUUUAAUGACUUCGUGCCCUGGCUCACUGCACUAACUGAAACUGGCAAGUUUCAUAUCGUGGGCAAAGGAGAUAAGCCAGGAUCCUUCACUGCGAUAUCCGACGUCGCAGGAUAUGUGGCUCACGUUCUUACCACUCAACCGCCAUCUCAUCUACUUGAUGUUGAACUCCGCAUCGAGGGACAACGUGCAACGCUCUCUGAGAUCAGUGCCCUAUACAAAGGAAGCGUAACUGUGGUACACUGUGAUGCCCUUCCUACAGAAGGUGUACCCGCCGCGGAUGUCUGUACGAGCUACCAGCAGCGUUUUGACAUCGGAGCAGCAAGUUGCGGCUGGAACCCCGAUACACAGACCGAUGACGCGGAAUUAGCGAGCAAGGGCAAUUCACUGUGGGAGGGUCACCACUGGCUGACUGUUAGGGAGGUUCUUGGGUUGUAA